UCGCGAUCUUCGUUGAUCCUUAUUAUUUUAUACUUUAGUUAUGUUAAAAAGACUAACUGAAAUAAAAAAAAAAUGUAAAGUGGGAUUAAAACCAAAAUGAAGCAAAAAUUAUCCAUAUUUUUUGUCCUAUUACUAUCAUCUAUACUCUCCACUGGUUUGUCAAAUAAAUCCGGAUAUAACAAACCUCUUGGUCGUCAUCGACACAGUGAUGGUCAUAUAGAUAUUUUCGAUAAAGUUCCAGUACCCCAAGAAUUCUGGGAUAAGUGUAUACAUAUACAGAAACCUUGCCUUUUCCGAGGGGCUGGGAGUAAUUUUCCUGCGAAAAAAAAAUGGACAAAUGAAUAUUUGAUUGACCGCUUUGGAGACCUGGAAGUGAAAUAUAUACUCGGGAGGAAAGAGGUUCCAGCAAACAUACAAAAGAUUGGUAGAGACACAAUGAAAACGUUUUUAGAGAGUUAUACCAGUGAGGAAAAACACAUUUUCUCUCAGUUGCCUGAUCUUAUGGCUGAAGAUAUUUUUGUACUACCAUUUUUAACUUGUGGUAGUUACAAGGAGAGGCUGUUACAUUCAAAUUUAUGGUUAAGUUCUGGUGAAAAAAAGAGUUCGCUGCGAUAUGACGCUGGAAACACGAUUCAUUGUUUACUGAAUGGUACAAAGGACUGGAUACUAAUCCAUCCGAAUUUUACAGAACAUAUACCUACAGCGGAUUACAGACAGUAUUCUCUACUGGAUGUUGAAAAAAUAGAUUUAAAACAAUAUCCAAAAUUUGCAGCCGUGCGCUACCACCACGCCAAUAUGAAUGCAGGAGAUUGCAUGUUUCUUCCACGAAGGUACUGGCAUCAAGUUAAUUCAUUUGGCAUGCAAAAUCUACAAGUGUCUGUGAUUUUACCUUAUUUGAAAAGUUUUAACAACUCGGGUUGCGAUGGAAGUAUGUUGCACAACUUGUCAUUGUCGAAAAAAAAAUGGAUUUAUUUCGCUAAUGUUUCCCAGACUCUUAACAAGGAAGACCUAUUCAAGCUGAGGGAUACUUUUAUAACGUAUAUCGGUACAUAUGAGAAAUUAGAUGAAGCAACAUUACAGGAUAUUUAUCAUUUUGACGGCAGUUGUCAUGUUCCAUGCGUAUGUAUUGUGAAGACGUUAUUACGUACCUUCGACACUACAAACAAGGGUUAUAUCGACCUAAAUGACAUUCAAUCAUCAACUUUAUCUCAGCUCCAAGAUGCUUUAAAUGCUGAAAAAGGAAACCGUGUUAUUCCUGGGGAGUGCGAGUAUUUUAUGUUUUCUUCACAAGAUAUUAUGAACAUAAUUGAAAGUUUGUCUGAAUCUGGCAUCUUUUAUAAAAGAUAUUUCAUAGCCAGAUAUGAGGAACUAGGCGGGUCGCAGAUAAUGGGUGAAAAGAAUUUCAAGAUGCUGAAUAAUGAGAAGGAUGAUGUCAUCAUACCAAGCGAUAUUGUGAGAGAAAAUGCAGUCAGAGUCACCUCUCUUUAUCAGAGGAAGGAUAUCUCCGAGAAAUCUACAGAAUCAAAGAAUAGUAAUAUUUUUGAGGAACCCGACGAUUAUCUGGCUCAUGAACCGAUGUACCAGCCAUCAGAAACUGACGACGAUUAUCCGGCUCAUGAACCGAUGUACCAGCCAUCAGAAACUGACGACGAUUAUCCGGCUCAUGAACCGAUGUACCAGCCAUCAGAAAUGGAAAAUCAAUACGAAAUUGCCAUUGACGACAAACUGGACGUAAAGGAUGCACCAAUUCUGAGUUACAUUGAUGAUGUUGAAGAAAUAUUAGCUGACGCCGGACAUGAAGAAGAUCUCGUUCGUGACGAAGACAUGGAAGACCAUGAACCUAUUUACCAGCUCUCUGAAGAAGAGGAAGACAACGAGAAGCAGGCUGGACUGAAGGAACAAAGUGUUCAAACCAAUGUAGAGGAGAUAUACCAUGAUGUUACGUCGACUUUAAACGGUGAAACCGAUGAGCUAUCAUCUCAAAAUGAAUUCGUUGAUGAAAAUGAAGAUGGCUACCCUGACCAUGAUCCGAUUUAUCAACCCGAAGAUGGGGAGCGUUAUGUAUGGAACUCCGUGGGGGAUGAAGUUGAUAACUCAGAGCACAGACACAUCGAGUUAUAGCUGCUAUCCUGUUGUGCAUACGUUUUUUAUAAGAGUCUAGUUUAUAAGAACAUUGAGGCUGAGAAUUUGAAAAAAAGUUAAGAAUAGACAUAUAAAUAAUGUUUUAUUCAAAUGUGAAUUCAGUUUUGAAAUAUAUUUAUGAAAUAUACGAAAAA